AUGAAGCUUUCUACUCUUCUUGCCGUUCUGCCCCUGGCUGCAGCCAGCCCCAUUGAGCAACGCUCCGAGCCUGCUCCUCUACUGGUCCCCCGCGGUGCCACUGCCGAAUCCCUCAUUCCUGACAACUACAUUGUCAAGUUCAAGGAGGGCAGUGCCCUCUCUAUUCUUGAAGAUGCUAUGAAGCUCCUCCCUGCUGGCCAUGGAGUCGAGAAGAUCCAGUCUAUCUUUAAGGGCUUCAGUGGUAAACUCAACGCCGCGACUCUUAAGCUGAUCCGCAACCACCCUGAUGUCGAAUACGUUGAGCAGAACCAAAUGUUCCGCACCGACGGCUACGUCACGCAGAACAACGCCGCCUGGGGCCUCGCGCGUAUUUCGCACAACAACCCCGGCUACAACAACUACAUCUACGACGACUCUGCAGGCACCGGCACCUGCGCCUACGUCGUCGACUCCGGCAUCGAUGUGAAACACGUUGAAUUCGGAGGCCGUGCCACCAUGGUCGCCUCGUACAUUGGCAACUACGCCGAUACCUGCGGCCACGGCACUCACGUUGCCGGCACCAUUGGCGGUACCACUUACGGCGUUGCCAAGAAGACUAGCCUCUACGGCAUCAAGGUGCUCGCCUACAACGCCAAUACCGGCCGCUGCGAGGGUCCCAACGACGGCAUCAUCCGCGGCCUCGAGUACGUCGCGACUGAUGCCGCCCGGCGCAACUGCCCUAAGGGCGUGGUUGUCAACAUGUCUCUUGGUGGCGACUAUUCAAAGGCCUCCAACGAUGCUGUCGCUGCUCUCGUGCGAAAGGGAUUCUUUGUCGCUGUCGCAGCUGGCAAUGGCGACAUCUACCAGAACCCCAUCGAUACCCGCUACGUUUCUCCGGCCUCUGAGCCCCUUGCUUGCACUGUUGCUGCCAGUGACUCAAGCGACAGAAUCGCUUCCUUCUCCAACUAUGGUUCUGCGGUGGACAUUAUUGGACCUGGUGUUGGUGUUGUGUCUGCUCGCACCGGUGGUGGCACCGUCUCCAUGUCUGGAACGUCCAUGGCCACUCCUCAUGUUGCUGGCCUUGGUGCUUACAUGUUGAGCUUUGGUGUUGGAACCAGCGGCCUCUGCGAGUAUCUCCAGAGGGGCGCUCUUUCCAACCGUAUCUCUGGCGUCCGCUCUGGCACCAAGAACUUGCUUGCACAGAACGGUGCUUACGCUUAAAUGAUAUGACCUUUAGUGGUCAACCAGGUAGAUAUCAAUGCACAUCAGAG